AUGGAUUCGGGAUCGAGUUCAGAUACUGAAAAUGAACCUAAUAAUACUGUUAAUGAACGAUUAGAGUGUGGAUAUCUUGGACAUGGUCAAUCAAGAGAAACAUUUAAAGUUGGUCAAAAAGUUCUUCUUGAUAUUUCAAAUAUUAUAUUUGCUGAUAAGGAAGCUAAUGGUUUUCGUGACAGUUCAAGAAUUAAUAACACUAAAAAACUUAUUGAAUCAAAAUUUGAAAGAGUUUUUACUGAUGGAACUUUGCUUGAUUUUAAACAUAAUCGUCUUGCUAUUUCAUCAAUAACCCCAAAUAAAACAGAUACAAUUAGAAUUUUGGAAGUUAAAACAAAUGAAAGAGUUACUAUAGGAAGUUUUUUGGCCCCAUCUUGUGAUAUGAGAUGGGCUAAGGCUGAUGCUUUACUCGUGAUCAUUGAUUAUAGAUGUAAUAUAUAUGCUUUUAGAGUUCUUGAAAAUAAUAUUAUUGACUUGUAUCUUAGAAUGGAACAUGGUAAAUUUAUGAAUCCAAAAAAUAUGGACUUGUAUACAAGCUUUGAAGAUGAAAAAUUUAUUUGUACAAUGGCAUAUUCUCACGGCAGUAUGUUAGAAAUAUUUUUUAUGGAUAAAAUUCAUUUUGAUCUUGAAGUUCCUGAUACAAAUAUUGAUUAUGUUACAAAGAUUGAUAAAGCUUACCUUCAACAUAAAAUGGAAUGUGAGAUUACUGCUAUUAAAUUUGACAGAGAUGGUAAUAAUAUUUUAGUUGGAUUGUUAAGCGGUGCUUUUAAAGUAUUUUGCAUUGUUGAUAAUAUUGAAUUGGUAUUGAUAGAAACUAUACAAGUUUGUAAUACUGGUGGUGUUAACUCUUUUAUUUAUCUUGAUUAUUAUGGUCCAGACUCAAUUUCUCUUUGUGAUAAUGUUCUUGUAUCCUCUCAUAAUGGAACUAAACUUUCAAUUUAUAAUACAACUACAUGGAGAAAUGAUGCUACUAUGAGAUUAAAAACAACUCAAUCAAAUUAUAAACUUUUAAUUUCAAAAGCUCCUGAUAAUAGUAAUUUUAUUUUUGUAACAGAUCCCCUUUCAAAAACAAUGUUGGCUGUUGAAAUAUCAAAUAUACCAACAAAUCCAAGAUUUACUUCUGUUACUGCUGUUUAUCUUCCAUAUGCAAUAUUGGCUCUUGUACCAAUUUCUAUAAAUCCAAAAGAUGACAAUAAUUGUGAUCUUUCAUAUACAAAUGAUGAUAAUUUAAGUGAUGGUGAAAACGAAGAAGAAACAGGACUUACUGAACCUAUAAUUUGUAAAUUUUAUGCUUUGUCAAAACGUCUUGUUACUGAAAUUGACAUUCAAUUUGAUGUUACUGUUUCCAGAAGUUGUAGUACUGAUUCAAGAAAAUCAUCUACAAAAGAAAGUUAUUCAUCUAAUAUCAAAACAUCUUUAACACCAUGUACUUCGGGAACAGGUCUUGUGUUUUCUUUUCAUGGAGAGGAUCAACGAAUUAUUGAUAGUCUAGAAUCAACAACAUUAAAUGAUGAAAAAAAUGUAAAAGAGUGUAAACAAGAAGAGGAAAGUAUGCCUCCACAACUUGCUAACAUAUUUUUUGAAACAGAGAAUUACAAUGAUACAUAUGAUUUGUUAAAAAUGAAAAAUAUCAAAAAAUCUUUAUCAACAACUAGUUCAAUGUUACAGGGGAGUGAAAAAGAACCAUCAACAAAAAGUUCACCAUUAACAGAAUCAGUUGGUGAUCAAGCAUCUUUUCUUGAUAUUUUAUCUUCAAUAAAUAAUAGAAUGGAAAAAAUUGAGGAUAGUCUUAAGAAUAUGAGUAAAACAAUGAAAGAUAUUGUUAAUGAAGCAGUUAAUAACCUUGAAACAAGCAUUAUAUCCAAUAUUGAUGAAAGUAUUCAAAAUAAUUUAACACUUUUAUCACAAAAUGUUUAUGAACAAAGUGCGAGAUUAACAGUAAAUGAAUCAAGAAAAAUUAUUGAAGAUAUUAUUCUUCCAACUGUACAGAAAUGUACUAGAGAAAUGGAAAAUAAGAUUGAAAAAGUUAUGGGAGAACAAUGUUCUCGAAUGAUUGUAAAUUCAAAUCACACAAUUAAUUAUAGAAAUUUGUAUACAGAAGACUCUCCACCUUUAGUCAAAGAUACUUCAUCUUUGUUUGAUAAUUUUAAUGGUACUGGAGAGAUUUUUGAUCGUGGAUCAACUUCGAGAUCUAUUCCUUCAGGUGGAGGAAGAUGUAGUAAUUUGGAGAAUGAACAAAUAGAAGAAACAAUUUCUAGGUAUUUGAAUCAAAAGGCUAUUGGUAAUGUUAUUGAUAUGAUACCUACAAAUACUACAUCGUGUGCUGUUAAUAUGUUAAUUACUAAGUACAAAGCUUCAGAUAUCUAUGAACAAUUUAAAACACAACUUAAUACUUAUCGUAUUAUGAACCUUAUCUGUGGAUGUGCUCAGGAUUUACAUACAAAUACUGAGGAUAAAUUGAAUUACAUUGAAAAUUCCCUUAUUAAUUUGCAAGACUAUGCCGAUGAGAGUAACCGUGAAACAAUAAUUUCGGGAAUAAACUUUAUUCUUUCCAAACUUCCAGAAAGUGAUGGGUUAUUUGGAGAUCUCCACCAACGCUAUAAUCAAGAAAUUUUGAUGAUUAAACAUCGUUGUUCAGAGUUCUUGGAGUUGUAUAGUAAUGACGAUUGA